AUGGAAAUUACCAACAGCAACGCGGUGUCGCUGUUGCCCUACGUUGGGACACUUUUGCGCGACUGCUCCUUCUUUGCGGUGGACCUGGAGUUUUCCGGCAUCGACCAUGAAGGCACCGAAGCUGACGCGGAAACACCAGAGCAAGCUCUCCACUCUCUCAUGCGAAAGCCAUCUGACCUGUACCCGGCAAAGUUGCAGGCUAUCAAACCGUACAGCAUGGUGCAGAUCGGCAUCUCCGUCUUCACGGAGUUAGCGUCCGGUGACGCCAAAGGAGUCACGAGCGCGAGCGGGGCAGCGUCUUUGACGUUGCCCUCCUCGGCGGCGGCUCACCUGAGAAAGGAGGUGGCGGAGUUUUUGGCGGCGAACGUCGAAAAUCACAUUACCUAUGCGGAAACCACCGCCGUGGUGGAGGGAUUGCUGACGAGCGCGAACGGCGCGGCCGCGGGCUUCACCGCGGCGUUCAAGUACAUAACUGAGCAAAUGAUGGCUGUUGCGCAGUCGCUGGAGGUUGUUGCAACGUCCAGCGGUAUUUGUGCCACGGCAGAGCAGCAUCCGCAAAUUCAGUCGCUCCCUGGCCUGCGGUACCAUUACCGCUUCUUAGAGGCUCUCAGUCGCGCUGUUGCCAGCUAUCGGAGAGAAAUCACCGCCAUCGGCGCGGCGGCGUUAGAGGCGCCGGUGGCGCGCUACAAGGUGCACACGUUCUCUGCACUGACGUUCCCGGCUGCAACCGACUCCGCGGCGGACGUCACGCUCAACAUCGACACCGCCGAGUUUCUCGUCAAGAACGACAUGGACCUCACGCGCUGGGUGAAGGAAGGGCUCCGCUUUGCGCCGAUAAAGGUGGCAGCUGCCCAACUCGCCAAGGAAGCGGAGGCGAAGUUGCAGCAAAUGAACCUGCUGGCGCAGCCGCACACCGUGCUGCCAGGGUACAAGGAAUGCAUCGGCAGGAAACUAGACGAGUUGCUUCCCCUCUCUCCAGGCGAGCUGCAGCUAGUAAGAUUUGUCAUCUCUCUCCCGGACGCGGGGUCCGGUGAUAUGGCGGCAGCCAGGGUGAAGCAGUUCUACGUCGGAGCACUUCGUCCCCUUAUUUCCUUCGCGCGCGGCAUUGUUCCAGAGUCGGCGCUGCCAGAGUCCAUCUACACGAGAGACAAACUCUUCAAGGACGAGAUGGACGCGCUGGCGGCCAUUGGGAUGACGAAGAUGAGCCGCAAAUUUAUGAGGGCAGCCAUCACCAGCAGCUGGGGCAGCGGGUGCGGCUCCAGUCUUGUCUCUCAUAGUUAUGGCAGCACCCUCUUGGAGACUCUCUUGUAUGCAACCGAAGUGCAACGGAAGCCCAUCGUCUUCUACAACGGCUACACGGAUGUGAUGUUUCUGCUGCUCGCGCUUUACGGGCCGCAGAACAUGCCGCCGGACCUGUCGUCCUUUAAGUCGCUGGUGCGCCGUCAUUUCCCGUCCCUGUUCGACACGCGCAUCCUCAGCUGCUCUGGGCCGCUUCAGGGCUUGGGGAACUUCACAGGGAAGCUCUCGAGUGUGGUUGAUGAGAUGAGCAAAGUGAACUCUAUCGGGCCACACGUGUCGUUUAACUUUGAUCCGCUCGUCUCUGGUGGGCGUGACGCGACGCAGCACUUGGUGGCCCACAACGCGGCCUUUGAUGCCCUGCUUACUGGCAAACUGUUUGCGUUUGCCAAGUACGGACUCGAAAAUGCCAACGUCAGCGUCAACUUGUAUGAGAACUUCUUGGCCACCUAUACUACGUUGAUGUCGAUCAACCUGCAAGGCAGCGUAGACAGUGUGCUGCAGGAAGGGGCUGUAAAGGUGUACUACCUGCCGAACACGUCUGGGCUGCGGGCGGAUACGAUACGUGAGGCACUCGCGGGAUGUGGGAUCACAGCCAUGGUGAUGUACCGAGGGAGCGGUUAUACCAUUCAACCAGUAGGUGCUGCGUGUCAGAUGCCGGAUCUGAUGCAGGUGAUGAAGGAGGCGCUGUGCGCUAGGGCUCGCUCGCAAAUCGAAUUGUAUCACAUUUCACUGUGA